AUUCACUAGCCAUUUUUUUUGCAAUUGCAUAUACAAUAGCAAGCAAGAACAAAGAAGAACAAUUAUUUUUAAAGCUUUGCUCUCCUCAUGGCUGUUCCGGUCGCCUUGACGCGCGCGCGCCAUAGCGCGCGCGUCCUGUACGCAUAUAUUCUCUCCGCCGGCGGUGCGCACAUAGAGACCAACUAGCAGACGCGGGUGCGCAGACGCACGGACUCUGGGUGAUGGGCGCACGUCGAAGCAAAGCCCGUGAGGACGUUGCGCGCCAUCUGGAGAAAAUAACGCUAAUUCUAGCGCACGGCGAAGCAAAGGCCGCAAGGACGCUGCGCUCCAUCUGGAGAAAAUAACACUAAUCUAGAGUACUUUCUCCGUUAGGGUCAUGCAUCCGAAACCAUGCGUUUAGGUGCAGCCGUGUGCACGGCAUGACACCAGAGAGGAACGAGCAGUACAGGUGAAAUAACACUUGUGUACCCCAAGGCGACAAAGCUUCUGUUUUUGUGCCUUCGGCUUGCCGACACCGGCGUCUACCAUGGGAAAAGACGCAAGAGCAAAGCGCACGUUUCGAGAAGAAUGGAGAAAGGACAAGAAACUGAGCGGAUGGAUUUCGUCACGUGACGGCGGAACGACUGCUCACUGCAAGUACUGCAAUUGCAACAUUCGACUCCACUACAGUGAUCUGUUGAAGCACGCAGAAACCAAAAAGCACCGCGAGUGCGCAGUAAUCCCAAGUUCGCAACAAAAACUGCCGCAGCUUCUAGCGUCUUCGAGUCGAACGUACUAUGAAAAGGCUCGCCGAGAGUUAAGGAUCGCCUUGUACACUGCAGUGCACACUUCCAUAAAUGCUGUCGACGAACUUGGUGAGAUUCUGCAUUCCGAAUUCAAUGAUUUUGAUCUGCACAGAACGAAGUGCACGGCUAUAAUUACGAAUGUUCUCUUCCCGUACUUCACGGAAAACAUGGACAAACAACUGAACGGCUCCAGCUAUUCUCUAAUGGUGGAUGAAUCAACCGAUGUAUCCACGACAAAGCAACUUUGCAUGGUUGUGCGGUUUCUGAGUUUAGAAGAAAACAGGAUUGCAACCACCCUUCUUGAUCUCGUAGAGCUGUCUGAUGGAACGGCAGAAACGCUUCACGACACGGUAUUGAAGACGUUGGACAAGCACGGCCUAUCGAUCAAGAACUGUCUCGGACUCUGCACCGAUGGUGCAAAUGCCAUGUGCGGCAAACACAAUUCUCUGUUCAGUCGUCUUAGUGAGGACAACAAAGACUUGAUUCUGAUCAAAUGCUCUUGCCCCAGCCUGGACCUUGUGGCAUCCAAGUCGAUGGAGGCGAUUCCUUCUGCGGUUGAGCACUUAGUGCGAGAAACCUACAACUACUUUGCACACAGCAGCUGCUGGCAAGAUGCUUAUAAGAGACUGUAUGCCAGUAUGACAGUGGAAGAUGAAAGUGCAAAUCCACCGCCCAAGAUUCUGUCGCUUUCGCAGACGAGAUGGCUUGCUAUUGCAGACUCUAUAGAAAGAAUUUUGGCGCAGUACCAGUCUCUCGAAGAGUUUUUUGAGAAAGCAGAAGAUCGCAGCUACAACGUGCGCGUUUUACGAGAGAUAUCGGACGUGUGCCCAAACCCGGACAACAAAAAAUGCCGAAGAUGUGGGGAAGAAAACCCGCAGGAGGACCACCAAUGCGAAGCCCAAUGCCAGCUCUGCGGGAAAGAGCACCCACUCGGCGACAAGAGAUGCAAAGAGCUGUACAGAACACCAUACGAAAUCAAGAAAAAAAUCUGGGAGAAGAAGAAAGACAAGCAGGAGGAGCUGAAGACCCAACAACGGAAACCCCCUGUGGACGGAGCUGAGAAACUCCUCAAGGAGGACUUCCCCAAGCUGGAAGGAAACAACCAAGGAAACUUGCUGACCCCCGGUAGUCAGGAGACCAGGGGACGCAGGAGAUCGAGAUCCAAGGACGCAAAGGGGGGGAGGACGCACCUGUAUGCCGAUCGCUCCAUCUUCGGCGACGGCUCGGCGGCUGCAGCCUGUGUUGCUCCGGACCUUGGCGUCUUGAAGCAGUGCCGGCUCUACUACCGGGCUUCCUCCACCAUGGCGGAGCUCGCUGGUAUGCACCUUGCCGCAGACAUCCUCGAGGAGUCGCCGCACAUCACCAGCGCGGCGAUUCUCUGCGACUCGAGGUCCGCGCUGCAGCAGCUGCUACUCGACGAGCGCGCACUGCCCCUUGCACUGCGCCUCGCCUGCCGUCUGCACGCACUGCAGGGGAGCUGCGACCUACGCCUGCAGUGGAUCCCCUCGCACGUCGGAGUCGCGGGCAACGAGACGGCGGACCAGCUGGCCAGACGCGCACUCGACCCAUCCACCGCGCUGACGGAUCGGGACAAGGUGUUUGCUUCAUUGAAUAGUGACAUCAAAAAGCUAGAAGCUGGCUGCAUGUUGGUGGACAGCGUUCCCACAUACGGCACUGUGGUGACAAUUCUGGGCAACAACCUAGGCAGCCGCAGUAUUGGUGGAUUCAUGGAAAAUUUCAGCACAGCUGAAUACAUCUCCAGCCCAGACGACUUCAUGUCAUUUGUUAAGGAGUGGCCUCCAGCCCUCGGCAAGGAGGACUUCACAACCACUGCACUGCUUCGCGCGGUGUGGCUUUGCGUGGACGGCGAGAUGGAAGCUGCCACGGAAGCUGAAGAGUUGCAAACUACCUCUUGUGAAGAAGAGCUAGCUGAGGCAAUGAAUGCGCUGGGUGCCAUGGGAGUCACAUACGACGACUACGUCACCGUGGAUGCUGCCGUCGUGACACCAGAGUGUCAGAGCAUCGCCGAGAUCGUUGAGAACUCAGUCGCGAUGGCCACCACCUUGCAAGUGCCAGAUCCAAUUCCGGUUGGUGUCUGGAACCAGCUUGGCGUUGACUGCAAUGCCGUCGAUUUCGUCACCAAGGACGACGAUCUUGUCACCUGUGGUCUGCGCACAGUGGAAGACAUUGUGGAGGAUGUAUCGUCGCAGUCUGGAAUUUCGGCCAGUGAUGAAGGACACGAGUGCCAAAAUGGUGAUGACCAAGCACCCAAGCCGCUCCGCAUGGAAGUGGACACGGGGGCAGGCGUUUCCGUGAUUGCCAAGUCGCAACUCCUACAGCUUCUGCCUUCGGUUAAUGUGCAGCCGUCGCAAGUGUUUCUGCGAAGCUAUUCCGGGGAACUGAAAAAAGUCGAAGGCAAGGCUGACAUCCUUGUGAAGUUUCAUGGCAAGGAGGCGGAUCUACCCAUUUUUCUGACCGGGGACAAUUCGCCUACUCUGCUAGGACGCAACUGGAUUCGCGAGCUGGGCAUCGGCCUCUCCAAUGUUGAAGUAAAUAUACAUGCACUUUCUGACAUCAAACACCUAGUCCAAGACUUCGCAGAGGUGUUUGAAGAAGGUCUUGGGCCAGGGAAAGAGCCCUUGGUUCCAAGCGACCGAAGCAGGGUCUGCAGCCUUCACUUCAGGCCAGAAAACUAUCGGGAAGGCCUUAAGCUGCGGAGGUUGAAACCUGAUGCUGUGCCAACAGUUUUUCCUGCAUUCCCUGCGCAAAAUGAAUGUAUUCUUGACACAGCUGCAGCAGAAGCACUAACCAGUGAUGACGGAAACAACGAGGCUGUAACUGUUCAGAAAUCGAGUUCUGGACCUGCAGAACAACCUCCGCCAGGAGCUCCAAUGGAGCCUUCAGGAAUGUCUUUGCUGGAGCCAAUCCAAGAGGCCCCCUCUGGCCAGCUUUUGCUUCCCACCUUUCAGUUAGCUCCACAAAAAGCACUGAGAAGCGGCCUGUUGUCAUCAUCAAAGCCAGCAGCUAAGGGAACACAAACGAGGCUCUCGGUUUCACGAAUUUCGGGACUAUUCAGGCGAGUAGCAACACUCUCGAGACAAUGCAGAUGGCUUGUGGAGAAACAUGUGAAGCUGCAAGAGGAGCUCUCAUUGCUCAGAUAUGAAAAGAGAAAAACUGAGGCAGCAAUGAACAAAACAAACUUCACGGUGCUUCAGGAAAAAGUGGAGCAAAAUGAUGCAAGAGCCCUUUUCAUUCAAGAGCAGGUGGCUUUUUUAGGCUCAUCAAAGCGCCGCUGGCAGGAAAAAACUAUACGCCAGUGUAUACUCUGGCAUGCCAAAUCUCCAUCAUGUUAUCAGCUGCUGAGAGAGAGUGGCGUGCUGAAAUUACCGUGCAGGUCGACAUUGAAGAGGUACAUCGGUGCUUGCACUGGAGAGGUAGUCUCUUCACUGAUAAAGCAGCGGCUCCAUGUAGAAGCAAAACUGCACUCCAAACAGGCACGAUGUGGUUCCCUUAUCAUGGACGAGAUGUCUAUUAAACAGGCUACUAUAUACCACAAGCAGUCAGAUGCUGUACAUGGUCUGGUCAACUUGGGAGGUGCUGAAGUUGAUUACAACCUAGAAGAUGAAUUGGCAACACAUCUUCUAUGUUUUGUUUUUGUUGGUCUCUCCACUCCUUACAGGUUACCGGUUGGGUAUUAUGUUUCGAAGGCCCUAACUGGAGGACAACUAGAGAUUCUUGCCCUUAAAGUAAUGGCAUCUGUAGAAGAGGCAGGCUUUCAGGUGGUGAGGCUGGUUGCAGACAAUCAUCAGGCAAACUGCAAAUUUUUUUCAAGCUUGUCAGGUGGCCCUAUCAAGCCUGUCGUAAUACACCCUCUAGAUGAAAGUCGGCAGCUCUACUUGUCAUUUGACUACUGCCAUAUCCUGAAGAAUAUCAGGUCGCAGUUUCUUGAUGAAAAGAGAAUUUUCAGAAACAAAGGGAAGCUGAUCCUGCCAGAUUACUUAAGGUUGCUCUACAAGGUGCAGGAACGGCAGGGUGCUUUUAAAAUGGUGCGGUGCCUGACAAAGAAGCACCUCUGGCCAAGUAACUUCGAGAAAAUGAAUGUCAGUAGAGCUGUUAACAUUUUCUCGCCGCAGGUCACUUCAGUCCUGAGAUUUUUGCAGCAGCACGGACAUCGUCUUGGUGCUCCUGGAUUCGAGGGUUGCUUGCCCACAGUCGAAUUCAUGGAGAUAGUGUACAAGUGGUAUUCAGUGCACAACAUCAAGAGCACUACAUUCUAUAACAUCAGUAGGGACGCUUGGAGGAUGCCCUUCUACAGUGCAAGUGAUGAAAGGCUUCUAUGGCUGGAGGCAGAAUGCCUGGAUUAUUUUGCCUCGUGGAAGAAAGGCACCACCCACAAGCUGGAAUUUCUUACUGAAGAGACUCACGAGGCACUGACUCUAACAACGGCAGCAACCGUUAUGUGCACAAAACACCUGCUAAAUGCAGGAUUUCACUUUGUGCUGACUGGAAAGUUUUCCAGUGAUGACGUAGAGUCAUUGUUCUCGGCUAUUAGGCAGCUAAAUGGCAGCAAUGACCAAACAGAUGCCUACUCAGCGUUGCUGUCGGCGCUUCAGAAGAUUCUGGUCACUGGGAUCAUUCAUUCUUCAGCGAGUGGCAGUGUCGGAAGUGUGGUGGCAAACCUAGGGGCUGCAUCAUGUCUGCCUGUUCAAACAGUGACUAUAGCCACUGCAGGAAAGGAUGUUCAAAAGCUUCUGCUCCCCUACCUGUCUGCAUUCGAGCGGUACCCAAGUCUGCCACAACAGAGCCUGAGGUUGAGCACGCUAGCUCUGAUUGCUGGCUUCCUGGUGAGGGCAGUUCAAGACAAUAUUGACUGCUUGGGAUGCAUUGAUAAGUUACGUGCACCAACUUGCACUUCAACUACCACUGCCCUGAUUGCAGGAAUUGACAGAGGAGGGCUCUCCUACCCCACUUUGGCUUUUGUGGGCUUUGUUUCACUUCUUGAGGGUGCUGCCUCUAAAGCGGCUGCAGUGCUGGCGAAAGAGCCACAGCCUUUAAAAAAGUUUGGAGAAGUUGUGCUUCCUUCAAUUGUUAAAAACCCAUUGUUUAUGUGCAGCACAAAUCCCUCGGAGGCCCAUAGAAUGGAACUUGUUAGACUUGUACUGAAAAAGUUCAUGAGGCCCUUUUUGACGAAUUUCACUGGGCUGCUCACUGAAGGCAACGCAAAGAGAAAGGCCCUGAACAAAAAGCCCAACUCCAGAAAAGUACUUAAAGUGUAGUAACUAUCCAUGUGAUGGCACAAUAAAGCGCCCUUGGAAUUUUUCAAGCUCAGACUUUCGUUAUCAUUUGGUAAAGCGGCGUAAAUAAAUACGUCGAUAACAGCACAUUUUUACGAUUGUGGCAUGCACUGCAAUUAAAUCUACUCGCGUUCUGCCGCGCUCUCAACGGCACGUCACUUCAGCAAACAUGCCGAAUGCAGCAAGGGAACGCGUGGGCCCUGCAAAGUGGUACGUAGUGCGUUCAUUGCUUCCGGCUCGAGACUAGCGAAACGUACGGGAGAAUGAAGUGCGGACGCGUUCAGGCCUCGGCUAGCGCGGGAAGUGCGCACCAGACCAUAUUGACACCACAGCACUAACCAACAUUUUAGCAGACAAUGAGGGGGAAAAAAAAAAAAGCUCAAAGGGAUGACUUUACAAUCCUAGCAGCCGCGCGGCCACGCCUUCAAAGUAGUUUCAGAUUUCAUUGCACUGCACAGCGAAGAUACCAAAUAUCUGGGGUUGAGUGCCUCUCGCAUGUGUCGCCGUGCCUUUUUCUAGCCGCACCCUGUCUAUAAUGUGAAAUGCCGAGGUUACUUCAGCUCCUCUGCGAAUUUUUACCGUCAUCGCCGUAUUCCUGAAGGCAGGGCCGGAGCGUUUCGGGCGUUGCUGUGGGGGUGAGCACUGGCAGCCUCUACCGGCACGCUUGGUCCCUACUCAAUGAUCACGUGGUAUUUCUUGGGCCGCGCGCUCCCGUAGGCGACCACGGGAUGCGCAGGUCGCCCUUUAUACAGUAGGUCGUGGUCAAGACGGUUCGACAUGGAGCCGACGCAAUGACCACUUGAGACUUGCGCGGACAGCGCCACUUCGUCCUGCUGGAGCAGAAGUUUCUCCUCAACUGGAGCAACCGCCCAUCCAUUCUCCAACUGUCCCGGAUGUGCUUCAAGAGAGAGAACCAGCCAUACAUUUCCCAGCUACACCAGACGUGCUACAUGAGGAACAGUCGCCGGGAAGAGUAUCUGGAAGUAACUGCACCGUGGACAACCCUGUCAUGGCUGCACCUUGCGCUCCAAAGUUGCGCCGUAGCACAAGAACUCAAAAACCAGUGGUCAAGUACUCCCCGUAGCAUAUAUCUUAAGAGGGAAGGAGUGACACAAUGUUAAAAGUUGCUGAAAUGCAGCGCCCCCUGGCAGCCCUGCCUUUUUGUGUUGCUGCUGCGCCAUGCCUAGCGGGC